AACCUCAAAAAUGGCGUCCUCAGCUCGCAAAAUCCUAACCUCCCUCUCCCUCAACCGCCGCCACGGCCCCCUCCUCCUCUUCCGCAAUGCGCUUGCCACUCGCCGCUGCAGAUCCAGACCGACAAAGAUACGAUCUUUAUCAAGGGCCCUAAAAGUUCAUCAUCAUCAUCGUCGCCGUUCUUGUCUCGGGACGACACGUCGGCGACCGUUCCGAUGUCGUUCACCACCGGCUCCGUCAUCGGGAAGAGGUUCUAUAAGGAGGUGACUACUCGGCUUGCUGAUGACGGCAAUGGAUGGACGGUGAUGCUUGAUUACAGGACCCUAAAGACUAAGUUGCCGACGCUGGCGCUAGCCAAGGCCAUUGCUGCUGAAUGGGAGUAUCAGGAAAAGGAUGGAAUCAGACCUUUCACAAUGCCUCUUAUGAAGCUUGCUUGUACCGCACUAGAAAGAGUCCCACUCACACGAGUAAAAGUUAUUGAAAAUCUUAUGAACAAGUUCCAUCAAGAUCUAGUGUUUUGUCGCACCCCGGGCGAUACAGAAAUAACUGAAGGAGUUUUAGAAAAGCAAAAGGAGAAAAUUGACCCAAUACUUGAUUGGGUGCAAUCUGAAUUCGGGUAUAAGCCACAAGUACAUUAUAGCUUAUUUGGUACCAAGCAAGAAGAAGGCCUUGUUAAGGCUGUAGAAGACUGUCUUAAGAAAACCAAUGACUGUGAAUUAGCAGCAAUUGACGCUAUGACUGCUGCCGCACAUUCUUUGGUCAUCCCUCUUGGUAUAUUCCGUGGGAAGCUGGGAAUCGAGGAGGCUAUUGAAUUAAUUCGUCUUGAAGAAGAUUUACAGGUUGAUGGAUGGGGUUUAGUUGAAGGUGGUCAUGAUGUUGAAAUUGCUGACCUUAAGGUGCAAGUAUCGUCUGCUGCUGUGUUCCUAGGACUCUCAUGCAGACAAUAAGCUUUCAUUUCCCUCCCAUAAUUUUUGUUAGAAGAUAAAGCUCAUUCUAGCUACAUAUGAGAGAUCAUCUGGGUCAUGCUUCUUUAGUUAUAUAAAUCAAUGUUUGUGCUCGAGAUUAAAUCUCGUUUGUUCCUGUAUUUCAAAUUUAAUUUGAGAUCAGUCACAAAUAAGCAGAAUUUCAGCUGUGCUACA